AUGUCUGAUAAAAUCACGGAAAAGUUGAAGGCGUUCUCGCAUAAAGUGAUGGGAGCGGAGUCGGAAUCCAGCACGGGCCCUUCUGUUCGCCACGCAGCUGCUGGGGACAGCCAGGACGCGGAUGUUGAUCCUCUUCAGAAAUCCAGCACGGAUCCGCAAUCGCACGAAGUGACCGAAGACCAGAAAGCACACGCGCCAGGGUCGCAUGUGCAGGCUAGCGAGGGCAAGCCGCGGACCAAGUCGUUUUUGGAAAACGACGGAAUCGACCAAAUGAAGCCAACGACGAGAAAGCACCGUGUGUCGUCGAUCUCGCUCAGCGACCAAUGGCGCGCCAACCAAGAUCUGCAUCCAUUGACCGCAAUGGACAGCGUGAACGAUGGAACGCCUUCGUCGCGCUCGGUUUCCCGUAAGCCCUCGGUGUCUUCGCGCCGUGCCUCUUCUGUCCGCUACCGCCAGCAAGUUAUCGACCACGAGCGCAUUGCCUCGUACGCAUUUGCCUUUGAUAUCGACGGUGUUAUUGUGCGCGGACCUGAGACCAUCCCAGAGGCCCGCUCAGCCCUGCGCAUGCUGAACGGUGAAAACAAGUACAACAUCAAGGUGCCCUACAUUUUCAUCACCAACGGAGGUGGUAGAUCCGAAAAGGCCCGUUGCAAGGACCUGUCCAAGAGACUGGGCAUAACUGUUACCGAGGAUCAGGUUAUCCAAGGUCACACCCCCAUGAAGGACUUGGUGCCUGCCUACAAAAAUGUGUUGGUUGUCGGCGGCGUACUGGACUCGUGCCGUAACGUUGCACAAGAAUAUGGCUUCCAGAAUGUUUACAUUCCGCUUGACGUUAUGAAGUGGAACCCUAGUGUCACCCCAUACUACGAACUAUCCGAGGAAGAAAAGCAAGUUGCGCUAGAUGUGGAUUUCUCCAAGAUCUCCAUAGACGCAAUUUUGGUUUUUGCCGACUCUAGAAACUGGGCUGCUGACCAGCAGAUCAUCUUGGAAAUUCUUUUGUCCAAGAACGGUGUAAUGGGUACGGUUGCUCAAGACCCUUCUGAAAACCAGGUUGGUCUAUAUUUUGCCCACUCCGACUUUGUGUGGGCUACUGAUUACGGCCUUUCCCGUUACGGUAUGGGUGCUUUGCAAGUGUCCAUUGCAGCUUUGUACCAGGAACACACCGGUCGAGAACUUCAAGUCACCAGAUUUGGUAAGCCUCAACGUGGUACUUUCAGAUUUGCGGAGAAGGUGUUGUCUAACUGGAGAAGAAACACUUUGACAGAGCAUGUUGAAAAUUUGAAUCUGGAGGAUGCUGAUGCCACGGAAUCCGAAGAGGAAGCUGAGGCCGGUGGCGAAGCGGAGGGUUUGGUGUUGCAGAAAGACUCUAGUUUAGUGUUGGAGUUACCUCCAGCUUCCACCGUGUACUUCGUUGGUGAUACUCCCGAAUCCGACAUCAGAUUUGCUAACUCUCAUGAUUCUUCCUGGUACUCGAUUCUGGUGAAAACUGGUGUUUUCCAAGACAACAAGAUACCAAAAUACACGCCCAAGCAUAUUUCUGACAAUGUUUUAGAGGCUGUAAAGUUUGCCAUUGAAAGGGAGCACCAGAAGGAAGUAGAAGAGUGGAAUGCUUCUGCUGUGGAUGUUCCAGUCGUUGAGGAAACGACGACCAAAGUUUCACAAAGAUAA